AAAUCGUCAAAAGUUACUGGCCAGAAUGCGCUUUGUUCACAGUGCGUGAUGCGCUUGUAAAUAGUGAACUUGAAGAACCGGCUAUUUAUGUCCUUCGUGGGGUUUAAACUGCACUACAAGGUGUGAGAAUGCUUCCUGCCUUUAAGAGCCUCAGACACUUUUCCACAACUACCAUGAGGAGAGCAGUGUCUGAGUUCCGAAUGACUGUCCCAUGGGGAGAGAUGAGAGGUCAGGUUUGGGGUCCUUCCAAUGGUCGUCCCGUGCUGUGCUUGCACGGUUGGGCUGACAACAGUGGGACGUUCAAUACUCUGAUUCCGCUGCUUCCUAAAGACUGGAGAUUCGUAGCCAUUGAUUUUCCAGGUCACGGUCUCUCGUCUCACAGGCCUGAUGGAUGUUUUUACACCUUCCCUUUGUAUGUGGCAGAUGUUCGGCGAGUUGUAGAAGCUCUUCAGUGGAAGCGGUUCUCUAUCAUUGGACAUAGUAUGGGCGGGAAUGUGGCAGGAAUAUUUAGUGCCUUGUACCCAGAGAUGGUUGAUGAUGUUGUUCUCUUGGAUGCUUAUGGAUUCCUCCCAACACACGUGACGGACAUGUUUAAAAACAUGAGGAAAGGGAUAAAUGAUCAAAUCCAGUAUGACAACAAGACGAAUGAGAGGAAAGAGAGGGUAUACACUUAUGAGAAAGCCAAAGAAAGACUGAAGGCUGCAAGCCCUUUCCUUACCGAUCAAUCUGCAGAUAUUCUGUUAGAGCGAGCGGUCAGAGAAGUUGAGGGAGGAUUUGUAUUUACCAGAGAUUUCAGGAUCAACCUGAAAAACAUUGUAAAUAAUAAUAUGGAACAGUGCCUCCACAUGUUGUCACAAGUUAAAGCCAGAGUGAUGCUAGUGCUGGCAAAAGAUGGUCUGUUCAAAACAUUUACUCUACCUAAUGGAUAUGGUGAUGUGAUUCGGAAGAGCUGGAUUGAUCAAAAAGCCACCGUUGUUGACGUAGAAGGGGAUCAUCACAUUCACCUCAACAAACCAGAGGCUGUGGCCUCCAUAAUCACUGAUUUUCUUCAGUCACAAAAUCCUGACAAAAAGGAGAGUGAAUCUAAGAAGUCUUCCAAAUUAUAGCUCACACAUGAUGAUUCAGAUUAGGUAUACUGAUUCAAAAUAUUCACAGCAUUAACCAAUUCUUGUCAUUUUUGUAUGAUACUGUAAUACUUUAAACAUCUAAAAGAUGUUUUAUUAGAAAACGUUCAGAACGUUUCCAGUAUUUUGCACUAUCCAUUUGUCUUCCAUUUUUAACAAGAUGUUCAGUUGCUGCUGAUGGAAAUCUCCCUCACAGCAUAAUGCCAUCACAUUCACACCUCACAGCAGGUAUGGUGCUUUUUGAGAUGUGGACUUUGUUAUAGUUGCAAAAUAAGCCACUAUAAAAAUACUGCUGACAUAUAUUAAUCAGUAAUUUAAAAACAAAAAGGUUUAGUGCUGAACUGGUUUUAUGCAUUACUAGAUUUAAUAUGCUCAAAGAAAAGCUGUCUGUAUGUGAUGAACAAGUAAAAAGUCUAUUUAUGUUAAUAAAUAUUAACUUAAACAUCAGGUCAUUUUUACUUUUGUUGUAAUGAAGAAAAAUUAAUAUUGAAGUGUGUAAUUUACUUUGUGCAAUAAUUUGACUUUGUGCCAUUACUGGGGCACAGUAAUAGGUCUGUUUCUAUAAAUUUUGAAGCUGCAGAAACCCAAAAAAGUAUUUAGAAAAUUAAAUCAGGUUUAAAAUGGAUUAAUGAUGUUGAAUUGCACUGCAGCUCAAAUGUUAUAAUUUUUUAAAAGUGCUUUUACACAUAUAGUAACAACAUCACAGUAGUAAAACAAUAAUAUUGUGAAAUAUUAUUACAAUUUAAACUAACUUUUCUAUAUUUUACAGUGAUGGCAAAGUUGAAUUUUAGCAUCAUUACUCCAGUCUUCAGUGUCACAUGGUCCUUCAGAAAUCAUUCUAAUAUGCUGAUUUGAUUCUCAAUAAACAUCAGUGUUGAAAACA